ACAGCAUCAGCUCCUAAUAAAACUGAAAUAUCGGAAGUUCUGGUCAAGGCAUCUUCAAACAUCACAGAUUUCAAGAUUAACAUCACUUCAAUUCUUGUGCAUGAUGAACGUACUUCAAUCACCGAGGCUCCAAGCACAACUACUGCUGCAACCAUGUCUGUAUCCCCAACCACAUUUACAGAUAUCACGACAAACCCCCCAACUGAGACCACAAGUUAUCCAUUACCAUCAAGCACUAUACCACCUCUAACAACGACCCAAAGCAUAUUUACCACUGCUACAAUGUCCGAUACCACAACACCACCUCCCAUGUCCAGGCCCACUUUGUGUCCCCCAACCAAAACUUGCACAUGUAGACUGACAUCUAGUUCAUGUCCCAAAAGAGAAAGGUCUUCUUUACUCAAACAGCAAGACUUGACAAUGAGAGUUGUGUCUUUCAUAUCUGUAAAAAAUCCAUUAGGAAGAGACAUGUUGAAUUCAUCAUCUACUGCCAAUGAAUCUUCACUGAUAAAGAGACAGCUUAGACCUAUCUUCCAGAGAAGGUUUUCUUCCUCCUUCAUCUCCCUGGAGGUGGUUUCAAUGAGAGAAAACCCAACCAUACACACUGUGAACCUUCAGUUUAGAAGCUCAUCUGUUCCUGAUGAUGAUGAGAUACAGGAUGCUUUGAUCAAUGCAACUUCAGUGUUUGUCGACUUCAAAAUUGAAACAAAAUCGAUCAGCGUUCAAGACAAAACUUGAGAUGAAAGAAGCCUGAAGAUCAUUCUCAAUAUCCUAUCUUUUCUCACACAGCUUAUGUCAGGCAUGUACAUGUUAGUACAAUGGUUAAUAAUAAUAAAACAUUUUAUUUAAAUCACUGUUCAAGAAACCCAAGGAUAUUGUAUGUAUAAAGUAAGUAAGUA